AUGUAUGGAUGGAUAUUUGACGGAAUCUCGUCGUUGUUCGAGCCCGCCACGGGGCAAAACAGCCAAGCUAAUAACGGGGAGCUGACGAGCACGUUAGCGCGGCGGCGAGAGAGCCACGACAGACCCGCCAAGAGAAACUACCAAAGUGUUGAUGCAGAAGAAAGUGUUGGCCUGAGUGAGCACGUUGCGGCAAAACGACGAAGGCGAGAUGUGGUGGUAAAUUUUGUCAAGAAGACUGUAGCCGGGGUUGCAAGUUUGCUCCGUUUGCGCAAACCACAAAUAUCAAGCCCCAAUGUGCACGGACACUUAAGGGACACGCAGGUUUGCAUUUUACUUCCUGGAAUCGAUGAGCUGCACACCCCAUGGCUGAAUAGCCCUGAGUGGAGAAUGGACAAACCAGGGAUUGCAAUGGGCGAUAAGGCUGCCCCCACGCUUUUCCAGAGGUCUUUGCCUCCAUUAAUGAAGAAAUUCAGUAAGAGUACGGCUUCUUCUGAGAGGAGAGACUGCCCUCAGCUGCUGCCUUCACGGGCUGCCGUGAACGUGGGGAAGCCCAAAGCUGACCACAAUAGUUGCAACGGCUUUGGACACAACCGCUGCCACAGGCCCAGUCUCACUGUGGAAGAGGCCAUAAAACAAAAUGACAAAGAGCACUACAGACGUCUGCUGGAGAUGGUGACAGAAAAAUACAGCAAAAGCCAACCGCUGCCUUUCAAUCAGACUAAACCACAAACUGUGCUGCUGUCCGACAGUGAACAUUCAAUGACCUGGAAGUCCUAUGAGUCGGGAUCUAAAGCAAUGAAAUACUCAGACAAAUCUCUCUCACAGUUCACUGUUGAGAUGGGCACUGUCAACGCAAUGGCCGACAGUUGCCGUCAGCAGCACUCCCCAUUUAACUUUCAAUGGGCUGCCCUGCCUCUCAGCAAGUCUUACACAGAAGCACAAGAUGACAUGCAGCAUAAACCAGUGGCAGAUUUGGACAUCUCCACAGAAGUUGCCACUCGCCUCAACCUAGUGGAUCGAGUGACCCCUACCGUCGCUGCGGGAGGUUCGCACACGCUUGCGCCGCAUGUACGACACACCGACGAUGUACCCAGACUCACUAAGGAAAUGGCAGUGGAGGUGUGCGCUGCUCUAGCUCAGAGCGACCCCAACUUGGUUUUGAGUGCCGCAUUCAAGUUACGCAUCACUCAACGAGAUUUGGCAACUCUUCAGGAAGGUGGCUGGCUCAAUGAUGAGGUGAUCAACUUCUACCUUUCCCUGGUGAUGGAGAAGUGCUCGGACCCAGUGGCGGGAAUGCGGGUGUACUCGUUCAGCACCUUCUUUUACCCCAAGCUCUGUGGGCCGGCUGGCGGGCACGCGGCGGUUAAGCGCUGGACGAAAGCCGUGGAUAUUUUCCUCUACGACUUUGUACUCGUCCCGCUGCAUCUGGGCGUCCACUGGGCCUUAGCUGUGAUGGACUUGAACGCAAAAACGCUGAAGUUGUAUGACUCCAUGGGCCAAAGACACGAUGACAUUUGCCAUCUUCUGCUCGUCUACCUGAAGGACGAGCACAGAGCAAAAAAAGGCAGAGAGCUGGACUGUGGCAAGUGGGUUGUCAGCUGCAUGCGGCCUUCUGAGAUUCCUCAGCAGAAGAAUGGCAGCGACUGUGGCGUGUUUGCGUGUAAAUAUGCUCAAUACAUCGCUCAGGGAAGGCCCCUCACCUUUAGUCAGUGGCACAUGCCUCUAUUCCGGAAGUUGAUGAUUUGGGAAAUUUUGCAUCAGAAGCUGCUAUAG